AAUACUUAGAGUGAUAAAAAUUAUUAAAUUUUUUAUAUUAAUUGCGUCUUUCAAAACAACAUUGUGAAAUAAGUCCAAGUGGGUAGAUCCACGGGAAUUACUGCCUUAACUACCUUUAAGAAGAGAUGAAAAUAUUAUUGUACUAGAGAAGAUCCAAAAUUUGAGCAGCAUGACAAUGCCAGAUCAUCCCAUGUUGUCAUAAUGAGAUGAUCGAUUUCAUUUCGUAAUGAUGAUAUUAUUGAACUGACAAUGAGUUGCCGUAAAAAGCGAUUGUACAGAUCCCUGCGAUAUUUCAGAAGAAAGAUGCAAACGAAAUACGUAAAGACAGCAAGAAAAUUAGUUGAUAAUGAUGAUAACGAAAGGACUCACGUAAGAGAUGCUGACUUUUCAUAAAAGUUCUAUAAUUGUAAGUUGGAUAUUAAAAUCCACUUGAUAUUAUAUGAUACUACAUUUAUUCACGUGAAUAUAUGAACAACUAUUCUUCCCGAAGACAUUCGCAAAAUACGUAUAUCUGAUAUCGUACUUUUUCACGGUACCUUUCUUCUUUUCACUGCAGUUUUCCCGUGUUUUUGGUCUGUAGAUAGAUCUAUAAAAACUUUACUACCUUAUUACUCGUUACAAAGCGAAUUUAUCUCAUGAAGUGUUACGAUGCAUGAAAAACGUUUUACACAAGUUAGAACUUACAAUGUACGAUAGGAUAAUAUAUCUCCCAAUUUUACCAAAGCAGACUAUAAUCAUCUCUAUUUACAACUUAUGACAAAGUUUCUUUCCAAAACGAGCAACUAUCAAAACUGGGGGCAUAGGACUUUUAAUAUUUAAUGUAUUCUUCGGUGAAGCAUCACAUUGACGCAAACAUGUCGCAAACGUGCGUGAUGGUCAUUUGCGUAAUAGACAGUUGAAAACGGACUUCUUCGCAUUAAUCUUUAGUAUGGAUAUAUCUAUGUAUCCAGGCUAUAGAGAAUUUGUAUGGGCGAUUGAAUUAAAUCGAUUCGGUUUGAAAUUGAUCGGUUUAUGGCCAGAAAUCGACAAAGCAGUCAAAACCAGCUACAUAUCGGAUCUUCGUGCUUACAUGAUUUUUAUCAUAAUAACGUUUGUCACUACUAUUCCUCUUAUGCGUUCUCUUAUACGAGUUCGCGAUGAUAUACUUCUUGUGAUAGAAAACUUACAAUUCAUAUUACCUAUCAUGAUGGUUUUGUUAAAAUUUCUUAUUAUGCGCUGGAAACAAACAGCUCUUUUAUCCAUCCUAAACAUGAUGGCGAAUGACUGGAUAGCAUUCAAGCUGGAUACACAGAGGAAUGUGAUGAUGAAAUGGGCACGAAUUGCCCGAUUGAUCGUAACUUGCGGUUAUAUGCUGACAGGAUUUGGAAUAAUUGUGGUCACCAUUUUUCCAUAUUGUGGCUUACCAUUUAGGCACUUGUCAAAUCUUACGGAUCGCGAUAAACAGUUACCGAUAGAGGCAUAUUACUUUUACAACACAGAUCCGAGUCCACAAUUUGAGUUGACAUUUCUUAUUCAAGCUAUGACGAUGUUUCUGAUAGCUAUAAUUUACAUAUCAGUGGACGCUUUCCUUGGACUCGUGAUUCUACAUACAUGUGGCCAAUUAGAGAACUUCAAAUAUCAAUUAGUCAGUAUGGUUGCGUCCGAUAAUUUUGAUGGUGCUUUACGUAACAGCGUGAUCACUCAUGUACGACUUAUCAGAUUCACCAAUACAAUUGAAGAUAUAUUCGCGUUGAUGAUGUUGGGGUUGGUAUUUUACUUUGGUAUCGUAUUUUGUCUGUAUGGGUUUCUGCUGCUCAGUGUGAUAACGGAUAAACGAAGCGACGUCUCUUUUUCACAAAUAUGUUAUGUGAUAGUUAGUGUCACUAUGUUAUUAGCACAUACAUUUCUUUACUGCGGUGCUGGAGAGAUUAUGGUAGAACACUGUGAUGCAUUAUAUGAAGCUAUAUGCGAUCUUGAUUGGUAUAAGUUGGACUCAAGACAAUCAAGGAAUCUUAUAUUACUAAUGAUACGAGCGAGCGAACCCUUUCGCAUCACUGCAGGGAAAGUGAUACCGUUAACAAUGACUACUUUUUGCAGCCUAUUAAAAACAUCGGCCGGAUACAUAUCAUUUUUAUUAGCAAAAUGUGGCUAAUGUACACGCAGCAAUCAGUAAUUUUCUAUAUUACAGAAUAAAACAAGAUAUUUACUUCAUGUAAAAUGUUUUCAAUAAGACCGGAUAAUAGCGAAUUAAAAAACGACAAAUAAAAUACGACAGUUACGUUA